CCCACGUAUUUCGUAUUUUAAUCAUCAGGUCUUCAGUAUUUACGUGUCUUUGGUACUUAUCGUAAACGUCAAGGAAAGCCGAUUAAGCAUUUGAAUGAUUUAAUAAAAAAAUUGUCAAACAGUUCUCAAAAUAAGUUCUGGAAAAAUCGGGGCACACGAAUAACACAUUCAAACAUGAUUAAGUUCUUGUGUUUUGCCUUAUUUGUGAGCAACACAUGGGCGUUGUACCCCUCAGGAGAAGAUGUUGUUGAACUAACUCCUAGCAAUUUCGACAAGCUCGUUAUUCAAGGAGAUGAAGUUUGGAUAGUUGAAUUUUUUGCCCCAUGGUGUGGGCAUUGCCAGCACUUGGUUCCAGAAUAUACUAAAGCUGCCACUGUUCUGAAGGGAGUAGUAAAAGUUGGUGCAGUGAAUGCUGAUGAACAUAAGGAGCUCGCUGAACGAUAUAAUGUUAGAGGAUUUCCUACUCUUAAAGUAUUUGGUGCCAAUAAAUAUACGCCAGCAGAUUAUAAUGGCAAUAGAGUUGCUGAGGAUAUUGUAAAGGCUGGUGUAAAUGCGGCCAAAGCAAAAGUCAAAGCUGCUUUGGAUAGGAGGAGUGGCAGAUCUUCGAGCGGAUCUUCAGAUGACUCAAGUGAAGGCGUUAUUCAACUAACUGACAGCAAUUUUGACAAACUGGUGCUGCAGUCAGACGAUAUGUGGCUCGUUGAGUUUUAUGCACCGUGGUGUGGCCAUUGCAAGAACUUAGCUCCUCAUUGGGCGAAAGCAGCAACAGAAUUAAAAGGAAAAGUAAAGCUUGGGGCUCUUGAUGCCACUGUGAAUAAGCAGAAAGCAAGCCAGUAUGAGGUUCAAGGAUACCCAACUAUUAAAUUCUUUGAUUCUGGUAAAAAAUCCGCUAUGUCAGCUUCGGAAUAUAAUGGAGGGCGAACCUCGAGUGAAAUUGUGCAAUGGGCUUUAGACAAAUUUGCCGACAGUAUUACACCACCUGAAGUUACUCAGAUUUUAUCUGACGUUCUAUUUAGGGAACGGUGUGAAGACCAAUCGCUUUGCGUUGUGGCGGUAUUACCUCACAUUUUAGAUUGUCAGUCGGAAUGCAGGAACAAUUAUCUUAAAAUCUUGACCGACUUAGGGGCACAAUUUAAGAAGAAAAUGUGGGGGUGGGUCUGGUCCGAAGCAGGGGCCCAGACAGAAUUGGAAAAUGCCCUUGAUAUUGGAGGAUCUGGUUACCCUGCCAUGGCUGUAAUAAAUGCGAAGAAGAAGAAGUUUUCAAUUCUUAGAGGAUCCUUCUCGAAAGAGGGCAUAUACGAAUUUUUAAGGGAUUUGUCCUAUGCAAAGGGUUAUACAGCACCUUUAAAUGGAGACAUCUUUCGAAAAAUACGCAAUACGGAUCCUUGGGAUGGAAAGGAUGGAGAGUUACCAGAAGAAUUGGUCGGUAUUUCAGAUAUCGAUUUCGAUGAUAGUAGCAAAGAUGAACUGUAAUUAACUGAAAAGCCAUUCUAUUUUGUACCUAAUUUUCUAUUAUUGCCGAAAUUAAUGUUUGGAUUUUCUGUGUUGCUUUUGCUAAAUAACAAUGAAAAAGUACGAAUUAUUGGCAUUUUUCAAGUAUGCUACUUUUGAGUAUCCCGAUUUUUGUAAAAUGUAGGUAUUUAUUAAUAAAUGUUCAGUUUUGUAAAA